AAUAAAUCAACCCCAAUGGCAUCUCUACCAAGACCUCUAAGAAUUCAAACCAUCCGUCGAAUACCCCCAUCAAUUAGAAAAUAUACAUCCCAUCACUACCUUCCUAGAGACAUCCCCAUCGAAGAAGAAACCCUCCCCUACUACAACCCCAAGCAAUACUACCCCGUCAACAUAGGCGACAUCUACCACUCCCGAUACCAAAUCAUAGGGAAACUCGGCUACGGAAGUACUUCCACAAGCUGGGUAUGUCGGGAUCUUCGAUCCACCAACAAUAAUGAUAAAGAACUUAACAAUGAAUACAAAGUCCUCAAAAUCUCCACCUCAAUACCAACGAAGGACUCUCAUAACCGUGAGUACAGAGUGUAUGAACAUCUCGCCAACGUAGUUAACAAGGGGUCUUCACAUCCGGGGCAAUCGUUGAUUCGCGAGGUGUAUGAUUCUUUUGAAUUGCAGAAUACAGCAGUAUCCGAAGGAGAAGAAGAAGAAGGAGGAGGAGAAGGAAAAGGGAGUAGUAUACACCAAUGUCUCCUCCUCCAACCCAUGACCAUGUCCCUUCUCGACAUGCUACAACUAAAUCCUAGACCGUUCGAUCUACCCUUGCUGAAAAUGACUAUCAAGCGGAUUUUACUCGCGCUGGACUUUCUGCAUGCGGAGGCGGGGGUGAUUCAUACUGAUCUAAAACCAGACAACAUCCUCCUCACCCUCCACGACACAUCCCUCCUCCCCUCCUUCGCAGCCGCAGAAUCAACAUCCCCAAGCCCUAGGAAGAUAGUAUCUUUAACUACUGACCCACCCCCCCAACGUACCAUCUACAAAUCUCGCCCCUUCCCCCCUCCCAAAGGAAACAAGAACUACGGCCUCCCCACGCUCUGCGACUUUAGCGAAGCGCGCAUCGGCACUGUGCAGAUGAAUUCAGGACCCUUCAUCCAGCCGAGUAUUUACCGUGCGCCGGAGGUCAUCUUUGAGAUGGAUUGGGGGUGUGCUGUUGAUGUUUGGGGGGUGGCGGGUGUUAUAUGGUCCCUCUUCGAAGGCGAACACCUCUUCGGAAACGACAUAUUCGACCCUAAAACAGGCCGCCACCACGAUCCAUUCCGCCAUGUAGCGCGUAUGGUAGCGGUGAUUGGAUCACCGCCACCGGGGGAGUUUGUAUGCAGGAGUGAGACCACGGCGCAGUGUUUUGAUGAGGGGGGUAACUGGAUUGCGCACGAUGAAGCGCCUAUCCCCGGGAAUAUAUCGCUCGAAUCUUUGGAAAGGCGUUUGGCUGGUACGGAGAAAGAAGUCUUCUUGGGGUUUAUGAGGGAUAUGUUGAAGUGGAUGCCGGAGGAGAGGUGGACGGCGGGGGAGUUGUUGGGGCAUGAGUUUUUGAGGUGAUUUGUUUGUUAUUUUUUUCUUACUAUAGGUCUUGGAUGGGGAGGGGGAGUAGAUUGUAUUUAUGUUGGGGUGUUUAUGGAGUGGUUAAUGUUAUCUGAGGGGAAUGGUGAUUGUGUGUUGAUUGGUACUACUACUAGGUAG